AUUGCUAAAUGAUCCGUUGUUUCCGUUGUGCUCAUUUCUACGAUGAUGCAUGUGAUGUUUAGCAAGCAGCAUUGCAACAAACACAUCCCACAGACUUACGAGCCACAUUGUCAUUUCCUCUUUAGGUGCAGCUGACGAGUGUCAUGGUGUCAUGACUUCAUCCGCCCACAACUGACCACGGAGACAUCGGUCAGAGAGACAGACACCAACAGGCAGAGGCACAGGAAGGUAGACAGAAAAACAACAGGAGGCUAAAACAGAGACAGACAGUAAUACACUGUAAACUUAUACUGAGGUUAGACAUGGCCCGGUUGGAUGUUCAGGAGACAUUUCAUGAUAUUUUAUUUCCUGGACACCUGCACACACAGGAGUCGUUGCAACGUGCCGUCAGCUUUCUGUUUCAGGACACGGAUAUUCUCAUCGUCUCUUAUCCAAAGUCAGGUACCACAUGGAUGCAGGGAAUAGUGAGUCUCAUGUCCCACAGAGGAGACGCGCACAUUAACCAAACUGUGCCAAACUGGGCCAGGGCUCCCUGGCUGGAACAAUUCUACAGUGCCGCCAUACUAGAAGCCUCAACCAGCACACCGCGAGUGAUCACCACACACCUGCCUCAUCAGCUACUCGGCCCUGCCCUCCAGGGCUCCAAAGCUAAGGUCAUAUAUGUGAGCAGAAACCCUAAAGAUGCUGUGGUUUCCUUUUACCACUUCCACAAAAUGGCAAACUUCCUUCCUGAGGCUGGCACGUUUCCAGAGUUUCUAAAUAAAUUCCUCAAGGGCACGCUCUCUUAUGGGUCCUGGUUUGACCAUAUUAAGGGAUGGACCAGUCACAUGGCAGUUAUGGACAACUUUCUUCACAUCACCUAUGAAGAGAUGUUAAUGGACCUACCCGGCACCAUAAGGAGGCUCAGCUCUUUCCUACAGUGCCCCCUAGCGGAGGACGAGGUCAAGAGUUGUGUGCAACACUGCAGCUUCAGCAGCAUGAAGAAUAACAAGAUGGUCAACUACACUCUCAUCUCUGAAAACAUAAUGGACCACAGCAAAGGCUCUUUCAUGAGGAAGGGUAAGACUGGCGACUGGAAAAACAUGUUCACAGAGGACCAGAAUCAAUAUUUCGAGAGCGUCUUCAGGGCCAAGAUGCAGGACUGCGCUUUAGAGUUUGUGUGGGAGCUGCAGGACGAAGAGGAGACGCCCGAACAAGAGCAAAUCCCACAGAGGAGCACACUGGACUGUGAAAAAGGCUGUUCAGGCAAGGAAGUUUGAAGCCAUGGUGAAUGUCGUAUGUGGAUUUAUUGAGUGUUAACAACAAAUAAUAGUAUAUAAUAGUAUGCAAAUCAGAGUUUUUGGCCAUGCAAAUGUCACACUUGAAUGACAGUACUCUUUAUUAAUGUCUCAGUGUGUGAUAACGUGUCCAGUCCAGUAUAAUAAAGGUAUAAUCUGCCCUUUCAUGGUUGACAUUGAACAAUGAUAUUCGAUUCUUUGGUGCAGAACUGGUGGCAUUUACUGUAUGUAUGUAACAGUCACUAGGGUGUGUGUGUGUGUGGGGGGGUCACCCUCAUCGUCUAGUGACCAUUUGGCACCUGACGCAGUACUACACUGCAAAAAAAUAAUAAAUGAAUAAACUUAAUCAGAUACUACAGCCUACUUUAAGCUUUAAUUACCAGUAAAAUGCUAAAGACCAUGAUUCUGUGUGUCUUUGUUGUGAUAAGUGCAACUGUUUUCUGUCUACUGGGAAAAAAGUGGGAAAAACCAACAACAUGAGCUUAAAAUUAUAGCACAAUAUUGUGCCAUGAUAUCACAAUAAACAUAAUCAUGAUCAUAUUCCACAGAAUUUCAAAAUAAAAGUCCUUGAUUUGAUAUGGAACGAUACAGUAAUAACAUAUUUAUUAUGCUAAAUAAAUCUAGAUGGAUAGAUAGAUAGUGCACUUUUGUUACACAGCAUGCAUUGCAGUGCUUUAAUUUUUUUCUGCUUUAAAACCCAACAUAUGGAACAGAGUGUACAGAACACAUGGUGCUCUGUGACCUUUAUGGUGGAGAACUGGGCGAAAACACUGUGAUCAAAUAAAGACUGAUAAGAGUCUCUGCUUUUAUGCUUUAUGCUUUUGUGCUUUUUGAUUGGGAUUGAAUUGGACCACAAAUAGAGUUUAUAGGUUAUACACUUUGUCAUCUUGGGGACUUUGUCUAUUUACUUUGUUGCCAAAUAAUGCAAGUGGUCAAUCAUUUGAGAUGUUUAU